AGCCAGCAGCCAGCUUCGGGUGUAGCCUAUUCCCAUCCAACUACAGUUGCUAGCUACACUGUCCACCAGGCACCAGUCGCUGCGCACACUGUCACUGCAGCCUAUGCGCCAGCAGCAGCUACGGUUGCGGUAGCCAGGCCUGCCCCAGUAGCUGUUGCAGCUGCUGCAACAGCUGCUGCGUAUGGAGGCUAUCCUACGGCGCACACAGCUACAGAUUAUGGUUACACGCAGAGGCAACAAGAAGCACCCCCACCACCGCCUCCUGUCACUACGCAGAAUUAUCAGGAUUCCUACUCUUAUGUUCGAUCUACUGCCCCAGCUGUAGCUUAUGACAGCAAACAAUACUAUCAACAGCCCAGAGCGGCGUGGGUGCCGGCGGCUGCCCGGCCUCAGCCUUCAGUAGCUGAAUCAUACUACCAGACAGCUCCAAAAGCAGGAUACAGCCAAGGGGCAACUCAGUAUACCCAAGCCCAGCAGACACGACAAGUUACAGCAAUAAAACCUGCAACCCCAAGUCCAGCAACAACUACAUUUUCUAUAUAUCCAGUAUCAUCUACUGUGCAGCCAGUAGCAGCUGCAGCUACUGUUGUUCCAUCCUAUACUCAAAGUGCAACGUACAGUACAACAGCGGUUACUUACUCUGGUACCUCUUAUUCCGGCUAUGAAGCCGCAGUGUAUUCAGCUGCGUCGUCCUAUUACCAGCAGCAGCAGCAGCAACAGAAACAGGCAGCGGCAGGAGCCAGGGUGAGCCCCCCCGUCGCUGCUGCUGCUGCAACAGCUGCUUGGACAGGGACCACCUUUACUAAAAAGGCACCAUUCCAAAAUAAGCAACUGAAACCAAAACAACCUCCCAAACCACCCCAGAUCCACUACUGUGAUGUUUGUAAGAUCAGCUGUGCUGGACCACAGACUUACAAAGAACAUUUAGAAGGCCAGAAACACAAAAAGAAAGAAGCAGCAUUAAAAGCUUCACAGAAUACCAACAGCAGUAGCACUUCUGCUCGUGGAACUCAGAAUCAGUUGCGCUGUGAGCUUUGUGAUGUGUCUUGUACAGGGGCAGAUGCUUAUGCUGCCCAUAUCCGUGGAGCCAAGCAUCAGAAAGUAGUAAAGUUGCACACAAAACUUGGCAAACCCAUUCCUUCAACGGAACCAAAUGUGGUUACGCAAGCUACUUCCUCAACAUCCACAUCUGCUUCCAAACCAACUGCCUCUGCUUCAAAUAUAGCAGCUAGCAGCAGUACUGUGAACUCCUCUGUUGCAUCCUCUGCCGUGAAAAUUCUUACUCCCACAGCAAACACAACACUUAACACUGCGUCCAACAACAAAACAUCUUCAACUGCUGCUAAUAUACCUGUAAAGAAAAUAUCUACACCGAAAAUAAACUUUGUUGGUGGCAAUAAGCUUCAGACAACAGGAAGUAAAGUGGAAGAAAUGAAGUCAGCUGAAAGUGCUAAAACAACUCCUGCUGCUACAGUGCAAACACAGGAAGCAAAACCAGACACAGCAGCUGAACCAGUGACACCCACAACUCUUGCUGCCUUGCAAAGUGAUGUCCAGCCAGUGGGCCAUGACUAUGUGGAGGAGGUAUUGAUAUGAAAAUGUGUAUUAUUUUUUAACUGUAAUGAAAAUUUGUUCAGCAUGAAGCAAUCACAC